CUUUCAGUUUCAUUUUGAGUGUUUAAGCUUCUAUAAUAAUUGAACAUUAUUCCACUGCUGCUGCACUUCGACAGGCUGUGAAAUUGUGUCACGUAAAGAUUUAAUGAAGUUCGAUUGGGCUUUAUUAGCUUUAGUACUUUUCCUGCUUGUUCUUAAAAUGCCUCUAUGGUUAAUAACUGCAGUGCUGCUGAUUUUGCUGCUGAUUUUGCUGGUCAUUUAUUGGCAGCCGAUUUUGCAGUAUUUGUGCCAACUAUAUUCCACUAUGAAACGCCCUACUACGUGGGUAAAAAAUGCAGUUUAUCAGCCUUUGCAGAAUUGGUACCCAUCACAUUCCAGUGGGGGAUGGACAGAUUUACACGAGAUAGUUUCAGUCGGAGAGCCAGAAGAGCUCAAGUUCCAUAUCUUGGUCACUGGGAAUGACUUGAAUUGCCACAAGGACAUUUUGAAAAGUCUCGGUAUCAUAGACGAAGGGAUCUCCAUGGAACAGUGUGACGUCAUCAUCGCUUUCGUUCCAAUUCUGUCUCGAGCCGGAACGGACAUUCAAGACGCUCUUCAGAUGAUACCAGAAUCCCAUCCUGCCGUUCUCGUGGGGCUCCAUCACACCUUCGAUCCGGAUCACGUUGCUCCAGACAGCGGGCGCAAUAUUGACAGGAGCAAUAUAUUCUCUGUGGACAUGCUCUUCUAUGAAAACAUGGGAAUGCUGAACAGUUACAAGAACACAAAAGCACUGGAAGGAACAACAAAGUAUUUACAAAAAUUCAAGGCGAAUCGCAAUAAGAUCUUUAAUGAAUCACAUGCUCUGGCGAUCUACAUUAUGGCACUCGGGAACACUUUGGGUGCUCAAAUCCGCUUCCUUGAUCGGUUGGAAAAACGCCUUAAACUCCGUCAAGUGAAUUCAAAGGAGGAGUGUGCAGUUAUCAUUGCUUUUACCUGUGUUGUGUCUCAGGCUGAAACGGACGUCAAAGCUGCUCUUGAAAACAUUCCGACUGAUAAGCCUGUUCUCCUCGUGGUGUUCCAUCACACGUUUGAUGAAAGUUACAUAGCUCCAGAUAGCAGGUGGAUUGUGAAGAGGGAAGGUGUUGCAGCUGUGGACGUCCUCUUUCAUGAAGAUAAGGGACCACUGAGAUGCGAGGCCAAUGACAUGGCAAUGAAAUCGUCCACUGAUUAUCUGAUCUCUCUGGGUGCUUCUGAGCUCGAGCCAAUAAACACCGGCAGAAAAUAUCACAAUUUUUGGAUAAUUGCAGUCUUACUUCUAGUUCUUCUUUUUCUUGUUUUAUUAGUUCCAAUAGUUAUAUUAAUCCUUGAGUGUCUUAAGUUACUAAGUUACAUUACAUUAAACCACAACAACAACAACAAAAUAAAAAUACUAGUAAAAGCUAAAGAUUUUUUUUUAGCACAAAUGCAUAAAAUCUGCUAGCACCUGUUAGUUAAUAACUUGCACCUAUUAGUUAAUAACUAACUACACUCACAAGCCCAUCUAUGAUAUCUUACAUUGCACAGCAUCAAAUUCUCUCAGAUUAAACAACAAUAAAAUGAGAAAAUGUGACCAGUGCAUUCAGAAGGUCUAAUUAUAAUAACUACAAUUGUAUUAAAUAAACAAUCUGAGCCAGGCUUCCAGAGCUAGUUAGGCUAGUUAGUUGAAUCAGAUAACAAAAUAUAUCAUAAAAAAAUACACGGGUGGGAUUUUUGUACUCAUGCUGUCUUAUAUCUAGCUAGAUAAAGUUACCUGGUUAACAAUCUUGUAAUAUUGUUAUAAAUUAUAGGUGAGGGUCAAUCAACUCUAUAGCUCCCCUAGUGGUGAAUCAGAAUAUCACAAUUAUACUGAUGGCUUACUACUCUUUAGGAUACCAAUGACUUUAAGUUAGGGUCUCCGAAUUUUGAAAGCCAAUGUUGACAUAUAAAAUCACCAAAACAAACACGCCCCUAACCCAAAUGGGUCCCACCCCUGUAUCGAUAGCUCCGCCCAUACAUACGUAACCCAGGCGACUAACAGAAAGGAACA